CACUUGGUUGGAAAGCAGCCCAAUUGGGCGGGAAAAGCUGGCAACUCUGCAGUAGUCGCCUGCUCGGUACUCCCCGCUAGGUGACGCAGCAUCACUAUAGGUAAGAUAUUUUCCGUUUUCCAACAAGAAUGCUCACUAAUCCUGACUUUUUCCACCUUUCCUGGUAACCACACUCCUCGAGGCUCGCCAGUGGGUGAGUGUUGUCAGGUGACACUUGAUACAUGGUGGGCACUGGCUGAAGUGAGACAGCCAGGGAGGUCCCACGGGUCGGAUGUCCUUGACAUGUCUCGUUCUGUUGGGCAGGACGCGAUUUGAGAAAUUUAUAAGAACUUCGAUAUUUCCAAUGAGUUCAAGUUUAUGACUGGGCACAUAAAUCUGUAGAUGAUGGAAUGUCACGUUUGCCUUGAAAAUUAUAAUGAGGGGAAGCGUCUGCCAAGAACCCUUUACUGUGGACACACUAUUUGUACCCAGUGCCUCAACCAGAUCAUGAAGCACCGUCCCCUAAGAUGCCCCUACUGCCGCACUUACCACAGAGGCACAGUCCUCUGCCCAUCUGACCUUCCUCUCCAUGAAGAACUGAUAGCAAAAUUGGCUGAAGAAAAAGAGGGCCAUGAGCAAGGCAAUGCAGAUGAUCCUUUAGAGACAAAUCAGCUCAACGUUCUCAAGUUGAGGGAAGAUGUCAAAAAAGCAAGCAUAGAUGGACACUCCCUGUGGACCCUGCUGCCGGCACAGGGAGGCCAAACACGGCAUUCUCGAGUCAGCCUCUUCAGCAACCGCCUCCAUCUUCAUGCGUUGCAAGAUGGAGAACCUCCCUCAGGCCCACAGACAGUACCAUAUAAUGAGAUCCAAGAUUUGCAGGACGAGGAUUUUUGCAUCGUGUUUUUUGAUGUGUCUUUGAGAGGGAAUUACCAAGGCCGUGUGUAUAUUGUGCUCCUUGACCAUGAAGGAAGGACUCGCCAGUUCAAGGCACUCUGUACAGGGCAACUUGGACCAUCUUACGUGGGCACUCGCUUUUUAGAGGUUGCACGAAAGAAUGGCCAUGGAGAACAGAUUUGGGGAGGUGAUUAUGAGAAAAAUGACGGCACAGGAGGGGCAGCCUUACCCGGGAUGGACCGAGGCAGAAAAAACAAGCAAGAUGUGGUGGCAGGUCUUGUGGCAGGGUUCUACUUCACUGGUUAUGGGCAAGAUCACAGUCCCUCGCAGUUUGGAAUAUACACCAGAGACUGGCCAGGCUAUAUAGAAAUGUCUUCCCUAGGAAAAGUGAUUGGAGGAAUGGAUGUUAUCAACACCAUUGUCAGGUUUGACAAUAUCCAAGAAGCUUUUAUCUCUGAUUGUGGUCUUCUCUUGUACCACUAAAAAUAAAGUCAGUGCCCUUACACACUUAAAAAAAAAAAAAAAAAAAAAAUUAAACAUCCGCAUUAGGAUGUUAACUCAUCUUCAGUGUCAUGCAUGUGCUGUCUUAAGAUAAAUGGUUUUCCUUCUAAAGACAAGUUAUGCUCAUUAUAUACAAUUACUUAACCACAGGAUGUCUGCUGGCACUGCUAUUGUGUCACCCAUGGGACAUAGGAAGUGCACAUCAGAAGCCUCAUGUACAUGAACUUCAAGCUUUUAGGAACUAAAUUAACAGUAAGGUUGUUUCAUCAAUAGAAAAUGUACAAGUGUGUACAACAUACCUUAAGAUGUCAAUGUGAUAACAAAAUAUAUACAUCUGUAAGAUUGGGUUCACUGAUAUUUUCCACUUCUCCUGUCUAUUAUUUUUCUAUUGUGCCUCAAAACAUAUGAAUAUGUGUACAUUCUUGCCGAGUUAAUAUCAGUUGUCAGUGUAUUAACAGACACCACCCUUCAUUUGCAAAAAAAACUGGUCAACACUUACAAACCUCAUUAUUUGGUGCUAACUUGGCAUUGUGUGUAGUCCGCAGUGACCACUUCCUAGUAAAUUGAAAUAUUUAAGAAUAGGAUACUUGUAUAUUGCAGCAGUAUUUGUAUAUAUUUAUACACACAUGAAUAGUUUAUGUAUUCUGUCUGAGCUACUGGGUGAGUAACUUCUCAGUUGCAAAUGUCAAAUUUGUAUACAAUGGCUGAAAGCUCACAACUUAGCAUAGGUAAUGUUUUGUAAGAAUUUAGAUGAGAGGCACACUGAAAUUUUGUGUUGUUUGGAGCUUUGAAUUAUUAUUUGAGUUGAUGAAUUGUUAAACAAUAUGUUCAAUACUCCUCUAUAGUGGGUUGUAAAUUCAGAAUAUUCUCCUCACCAAAAAAUAUGUUUGCAAGAAAUUUCAAAAUGAGUGUUUUCUACAGAGAAUGGAACUGUAAAUGUAGAGCAAACAUAACCGAAUCAAGGGGAGUGCUGGAGCUUCAUCAUUAUUAUAUCUGUAAUCAGUCCUUUAAUUCUCCCUUUCAUGUACUUUUUGUACUCUUCACAGGCUUUUCUGAUCUGUACAUAUAAUGAUAAUCUUAUGUCAACAGGUAAUUGUUCCUAGGUAACCAUAAGACAGUAAGUGACAGUACAUUUUGACCCUUUGGUUGGACAGUGAGUAAAAUCACCCAAAACACAUGAUCUCUUUAAGAACAGAUCAAAUCAAUUGAACUUGUUAGUGCCUGCCUGCAUUGGUCUUGCUGAUUUAAAUAAACUUGGUGUCUGUCAAAGUUCACAUUUCACAAAAAUUUACUUAAAUCAUCAUGAAUAAAGGCAGCAGAAAACUUGAGUAUUUCCUUUGUUGUAAUGUCAAGAGGACUGUAUUGGUGUGCUUUCUCUCAUGAUUGACACAGUAAUAAUGUAGAAAGAAAAAUUUUCAAAAUACAAUAUUGAUAAAAGAAUCUGAGAUAAUCAUGUUUUGAUCAGGAUAAAAAGAAAGCAUCAGAGAUAACUGUAAUUAUUUAAUCACAAGGCACUGAUAUAUGUAUGCAAAUAUCAAAUGCAUUUUGUUGAAACAUUUCACAUAAAUGUAUUUUGUUGAAACAUUUUACAUGAAUUUAAAUACUUUGAUGUUAACUCAUUAGACUCAUUUAUAUACUUUGAUGUUAACUCAUUAGACUAUUCCCAGUCUACUCACUGCUGAGAACUGGAUGUCAGCAGCACUGUCUGGCUGGUGCCUGGAUAAGAUGGCAACUGCAGCUGAUACUUUUCACUCAAUUUGUGGGGCACAAAACGUCCUCCUAACACAUGAUAGCGACCUGCAAUACAUAGAAAAUUGUAUGACAGCAUAAAAACAGAACUUCC